UGAAAAGAAUGUGUUGAGGUUAUGUUGCUGUGUAGUUUUGUAAAUAGAAUUUCUAGUCUUAUCAUAAACUGCAGCAUGAAGAUGCUACGAAGUAAAACUUAACUUUAUUGCUUAUUUAUAAAGAUAGUGCAGCCAAAAUGACGAACACACGUUUCAUAGGUGGUGAUGUGUUAGCAGUUAUAUUUGGUUUAUUUAUUCGAUGGUGCAUCUCUUUGCAAUCUUAUUCCGGACAGGAUUCACCACCGAUGUAUGGAGACUAUGAAGCUCAACGCCACUGGAUGGAAAUUACUGUAAAUUUACCUACCAAAGAUUGGUAUUUCAACACAUCAAACAAUGAUCUAAUGUACUGGGGAUUGGACUAUCCACCUUUGACCGCUUACCACAGCAUGAUCUGCGGAUAUUUAGCAAGAUAUUUCAACCCCGAUUUUGUGACAUUGCAUGAAUCAAGGGGAUACGAAUCCAUGAACCACAAACUCUUUAUGAGAGCAACAGUUUUUAUAUCAGAACUUUUGACAUUUGUGCCAGCUAUUUGUUUAUACUUCUCAUUUACAAAAUCAAGAAAAACUGAAACCUUCAAAUCAGUUUCUAAAGAAAAUUCAGCAGACUCUAAAACUAGGUUAUCAUCUACAUUGAUGGUUACAAUAGCACUAAUAUAUCCUGGUUUGAUUCUCAUUGACUAUGGUCAUUUCCAAUACAACUGUGUAUCUCUUGGGCUUUUCAUUUUUGCUCUAGUUAGUAUAGUCCAACAUAACUAUGUAAUUUCUUCAAUAUUCUUUUGCUUAGCACUCAGCUACAAACAGAUGGAACUGUAUCAUUCCUUGCCAUUCUUUUUCUACUUUCUGGGACUUUGCUAUAACCUGUGGCAGUACGAAGGAUUCAAACAAGGCUUCUGUUUACUUAUUCUCAUUGGUUCUCCGGUUAUAAUGACAUUCUUUCUAGUUUGGCUACCAUUUCUGCAGGACAAAAAACAGAUUAUUCAAGUCCUCCAUAGAUUGUUUCCAAUUGCAAGAGGUGUAUUCGAAGACAAAGUUGCCAAUUUCUGGUGUUGUCUCAACGUGUUUUAUAAAAUACGUAAUUACAUAAGUAAUGAUAGUAUGGCAAAAAUUUGCUUAAUUGACACACUGUUCUCAGUGUUGCCAAGCUGUGUCGAUCUGUUUUUAAAUCCAACUUUCCAUAAAUUUAAACUAUCGCUCAUAAACUCUUCUUUGGCAUUCUUCCUUUUUUCUUUUCAAGUUCAUGAGAAGAGCAUCCUGCUUGUCUCUAUUCCUGUUCUCCUCCACUUUCCCCAAGACCAAUUACCCUGUUUCUGGUUCCUUAUGAUAUCGACAUUUAGUAUGUCUCAUCUUUUCAUGAAAGAUGAUAUCCUUAUACCUUACAUUGGAUUGACCGUAUUUUUCUAUUUCUUUGUCUUAUCAGCUCUAGAUCUGAAGUUAAUUAUUAGCACAUCUGUCAUCAGUGCACAGACUAGAGUUCCUAGUUUUUUCGGGAGAAAAUUCAUGUUGAAUAUAGACUUUUGUAGAAUUGUGAAAUGGACUUUCCACAUAUCAAUGCUGGGCUGUUUGAUUAUAACUAUUUGCAGCAUUACUCUCGAGCCACCUAAAAAGUAUCCAGAUCUCUAUCCUCUUCUCAUUUCAUUCUAUUCUUUCGUUCACUUUUUACUAUUCUUCAUUUAUUUCAACUUCUCUCAAAUCAGCUCGAAGGUGUGCGUCAAACUAAAAAUGAAUUAGCCUAAAUUAAAAAAAAAAAAAAACAAGAAAUAUUCAAAUUGAAAUUAAGUGUGUUCAUUGAUAUGAUUAUUAGAAUGUUAUUAGUAUAAUAGCGUUAUACUACAGUUUAUCUACAGUUGUUGAAAUAUGUGUGUUGCUGGUUGUGUGUAGAUUAUCGUUCAUUUACAAUAGAUAAUUGUUAUAUAAUUUUCUUAACUUAUCUUGGGGGUAAUAUAAUAAUUUGUAUUGAAUUAAUUUAUUUCUGGUAGAAUUGAUAUUGAAUUUAUACAAUGUGAAUGCAUUUGAUUAAUAGAUUAUUGUCUUCAGUGUUUGUUAAUAAUAAUUGUUAUCAGUGUUUGAUAGAUAAUUUUAAAACGAAUUGAUAACUUUCAACUGUAUUGAAUGAGUACGACAAGUUAAAUAUCUCACUUUAUUAUUAUUUGUGAGGGUUGAUGGAGAAAAUAUUAAAAUGAUAGGGAUUUAUAUCUUUUUAUAUUAAAAGGUAGUAAACCAAAUAAAUAAUGAGCUUAGUAAUGUGAUACAAUGAUUGUUAUGAGAACUUGGACAUUCCAAAGGAAACUAACGUUUCAUAUGUUUGUAUUGAUAUUGUAAAUAAAUAGUUUAUUAUUGAAAUAAUC